CACAAACAGCAGGCAAACUAACAGGGAGCACGGGAGCACCAACUGUCGUGUAGCGUUUUUUUACCGUCAAGUUACAUUUGAAGACCUUGUAAAGUGGAAUUGAGAUUUAUUGCUACAUAUGUGAUAUUGUACAAGUUUGAAAAUGUCUCCUCAUGCUCGUCAGGAGGAGAAAAGCAAAAGAGCACUUGGCUGUCAUGAACUUGCAUGUCGCAAUUAAAGAAGGGUGAAACACCAAUGGGAAGCUACAGAAAAGAAGGAAGAAACCGAAUUGAUCGUGAGCGUGUAGACUUGAACUUGAGUGCUUUGUCAGCCGUGAGUGCACACAUAAGAUGGAGGAGGAGGUCAAGAUGCCUUCCAACGGGAAUCACCCAUUGACGCUUCAAUUUGGUCUGAUCAACCACGAGGGUCGUUACCUAACUGCUGAGGCCUUUGGCUACAAAGUCAACGCUUCAGCUCCAAGCAUGAAGAAGAAGCAGAUCUGGACUCUGGAGCAGGACUCCCAGGACACCCGAGUGGUGUACCUGCGUAGCCACCUCAGACGUUACCUAGCCUCUGACAAGGACGGCAAGUUGACCUGCGAGGCCGAAAGCCGCCACGCAGAGUGUCGCUUUCACAUCGUGGCCCAGUCAGACGGUCGCUGGGCUCUUCAAUCCGAGCAGCACCUCCGCUUCUUUGGCGGAUCCAGGGACCACCUGUCCUGCUUCGCCCAGGGCAUUACAGACACCGAGCUAUGGGCAGUGCAUCUGGCUCUGCACCCGCAGGCCAAUCUGUUGUCGGUGGCCCGCAAGCGCUACGCGCAUCUCUCGGUAGAGGAUGGCGAGAUCUCGGUGGAUAUGAACAUUCCCUGGGGGGUGGCUGCAAUCCUUACCUUGGUCUACCAGAACGGGAAAUACUGCCUAAAGACCAGCGACAGCCGCUUCCUCAGCAACGAUGGGAAGCUUGUGACGCAAAGCGGCAGGACCACAACGUACACGCUGGAGCUCAAGUGUGGAAAGUUGGCUUUCAAAGACUGUGAAGGGAAGUACUUGUCUCCCAUGGGCCCUAGCGGCACCUUGAGGUCCGGCCGCUGCUCGAAGCCAGGCAAAGACGAACUGUUUGACCUACAGGAAAGCCACCCGCAGGUGGUUCUCAUUGCAGCCAACGGGAAAUACGUCUCCAUGAGGCAAGGAGUAAGCCUCGCCGCCAACCAGGAAGAUGAGACGGAUUUGGAGACGUUUCAGAUGGAGAUGGACAAGGAGAACAUGAAGUGUACUUUUCGCACCAGCCAAGGGAACUACUGGACCCUGGUUGCCCACGGAGGCAUCCAGAGUACAGCCUCAGAAGUGUCAGCAAACAGCAUGUUUGCAAUGGAGUGGCUCGGUCACAAGAUGGCGUUAAAAGCAAACAAUGGAAAAUACAUCUGCACUAAGAAGAAUGGUCAAUUACUAGCUGUCAGUGAUUCUAUAGGGGAGGACGAACAGCUGAGUCUGAAACUGAUCAAUCGGCCAAUGUUGAUCCUCCGAGGGGAGAAUGGUUUCAUCUGCCAUCAUAAGAACUCCAACACUCUAGAUGCCAGCAGAUCUAUUUAUGACACUUUCAGCCUGCAAUUUAGCAAUGGCUUCUAUCACAUUAAAGGUGUGAAUGGCCGCUUCUGGUACGUCAACAGCACCGGGUUGGUAUGCUCGGAUGGUGAAGUCCCAGAAGAUUUCAGCGUGGAGCUCAUGGAGCGCGGCCGCCUCGCCAUCCGAAGCAAGAAUGGACGGUAUCUGCGGGGAGACCAAGGAGGAACACUUAAAGCAGAUGGACUCAGCCUGAGCAGCUCAGCUUUGUGGGAGUAUUAAUAACUAGGGAAAAAACAUACCUGUGACCUUGCUUUUGGUUCCGUCGUCAUGGAGACUUAAGUGUCUAGAAAUUGGAACUUGGAUGGACGAGAUAGAUGGAUUUUCCAAAGAUGUCUAAUGCUUUUAUUCUAUUUAACAUUUGUUGAAUAGUUUUUCACAUUAUUAACCCCUCGAUAGAGUCACGAACUCCACACUACUCAAUUUCUCCCCAUCCUUUCUUCCUCCAAGGAAACUAAAUGCUGCUUUCGAUGUGUAAUGACACUUGCCACUCAUGGGGGUCAUUUGAGAAAGACACAGGCACUGUUAAGGGAAAAUGGAGGGUCACCUUUUAGAAAGAGUCCCUUAUUAGUGUGGUACAUCUGUCCCAGGGAGUUUAUUAGCAGAUGAGAUCAGGUUUCAAGAAACUGUAGAAGAUGGUACUGUUUUGUACUGUAAGUAACACUCAUGUCCACUAAAUGUAGUUUGCUUACGCUAGUUUUUUGGUCACAUUUUAUUAGAUAUUUGCGGUGAAACUCAAACCAGUGUUAAUAUUACCAAUGUCAAAGUGUUAGCCUGUGUAUUUUAAAAUGACCAUUUUCUAUGGAAAUUGUUAUAUUUUGCUAUAAUGAUUGAUUUUCCCCUAUCCAUCUAUGAAAUAAGGUUAAAUAUAAUCCUGCUUGGUAUGAAACGACUACCGUGCAGUAUGCAAAUGAGGCAAAAUAAGCAGCACAAAAUGGUCCAAAUUUAGUUAUGUCAGUUUUGUGUAUAUUUUGUCUGUUUUUAGGGAAAUCAAAUACAGAAACUGUCAAGUGAAAAUGGUGUGUGCCUUGAACUAAACAAAGUCCACAAUGAGCCAUCGUAAUGUUUUUGCUAAUUGUAUAAGCGCUUAGCUACAUAAAAACAGCAAUGAAACCUGUUUUCCCAUGUGAUUUUUACAAUUUUUUUUUAUACAAAGUGAGGUACUUUCUCAAAAAAUAAG